UGUGCUCGACACCCCCACCCCUCCCUCUCCCUGGCCCAUACCCACCACCACCCGUCUGUCUCAAAGGCACUGGCACUGGCACAGAUGGCGGCCACCGAAGAGCCUCCGGUCUUUGAGCUCACUGCACGGUUCAACAAUGCCGUCCGCCUGAUCAACGCCGUGGACGGCAAGCGGUUUCCGCUCAUGCUCACUCGCAUCGUGCAGAACCUGCACAGGGUCUCCGAGGCCCCGUUCUCGCCGCAGGAAAUGACUCAGCUGGCAGGCGUGCUGGGCAUGCCCGAGGCCGACAUCACCGCCAUCCUCGACGCCGCCACAUACAUGUUUGAAAAGGCAGCCUACCACACUCUGUCCAUCAAGAAGCUCGGCACCGCCCUUGAGGCCGCCGCCAUGGACGCAGACAAGAUCGUCUCGGUCCAAAAGGUGUGGCAGGACAACGGGCGGACGCUGCUGGAGAACCUCAAGAGUUCGACCGUCACGCCGCGCGUUCUCGAGUCCAUCAAGUCGCGGACCCACCUCGAGGUGGGCCAGGACUCGCUCCGCGGGGUGAAGGAGCUGCGCGCCAUCCUGCAGCUCGGCCUCGAAGCCCCGCCUGGUGGCUCGGCCGAGCCCGAGGAUGUCAUUGUCGAGAUGUCCAAAGACCAGCUCCGCGACUUCUUCCUCCAGUGUGAGACCAUCCAGGGCCAGCUUGACGCCCUCGCCUGAGCGCGCUCGCCCUCGCUCUCGCCCUCUCGCCCUCCCUCCUGUGCAGGUGCUAAACAUCACAGCAUGCUUUA